CAGACCGAGGCAGCGAGGCGGGGGUGCGGGAGCCUCCGCGGCUGCGCGGGCGCGUGCUGGUGGCCUCGGCGGCGGCUCAGUCCCGGCCCGCGCCCGCGGCGCCCCCGCUGCGGCCCGAGCGGCCUGGCUGCGGGAUCGCUGCGCAGCAAUGGCGCGGCCGCCCUGGGAGCACCCGGGGGUCUGGGCGCCGCUGCUCCUGCUGCUGCUGACGGGGCCUGCCUCCUGCGCCGCCAGCCCCGCGGACGACGGCGCGGGUCCGGGGGGCCGGGGACCCCGGGGCCGCGCGCGGGGGGACGCGGGUGCCGACGAGGCGGUGCCGCGCCACGACUCCUCCUAUGGCACCUUCGCGGGGGAGUUCUACGACCUGCGCUACCUGUCAGAGGAGGGUUACCCCUUCCCUACUGCUCCUCCUGUGGAUCCAUUUGCCAAAAUCAAAGUGGACGACUGUGGAAAAACUAAGGGAUGCUUUAGAUAUGGCAAACCAGGCUGUAAUGCAGAGACCUGUGACUAUUUCCUCAGCUACCGGAUGAUAGGGGCCGAUGUAGAAUUUGAGCUGAGUGCAGACACAGAUGGUUGGGUGGCAGUUGGAUUCUCUUCAGACAAGAAAAUGGGUGGUGAUGAUGUCAUGGCCUGCGUCCAUGAUGACAAUGGCAGGGUCCGCAUACAGCACUUCUAUAAUGUAGGCCAGUGGGCAAAGGAGAUUCAGAGAAACCCUGCCAGAGAUGAAGAAGGAGUUUUUGAGAAUAAUCGCGUCACCUGCAGAUUUAAACGCCCUGUGAAUGUUCCCAGAGAUGAAACAAUUGUUGAUCUGCAUUUGAGUUGGUAUUAUCUGUUUGCUUGGGGUCCAGCCAUUCAGGGCUCUAUCACUCGACAUGAUAUAGACUCACCGCCGGCUUCGGAGCGUGUUGUCAGUAUUUACAAGUAUGAAGACAUUUUUAUGCCAUCAGCUGCCUAUCAAACCUUCUCAUCUCCAUUUUGUUUGCUUCUGAUAGUUGCUCUGACAUUCUACCUAUUGAUGGGAACCCCGUAACCACAGCUACAGGGCCAACUGAUUAUAUGGAUUGGGAAGUCUUUAGUAUAAAUAUAUUUUUAAAGAAUAUCCAGUAUUAUUUUAGCUUCAAUUAUUUGAGAGGAAAAAAAAACCUCAUAUGAUUUCAGCUUUUUGGAAGAAAGAAUAAGCUUCUUUUCUAGUCAAAGAGGAUUGUUUAACAAUGACCUUAUACUUUUGGAAUGUACUUACAUCUUUUCUAAGUAUUUUCAAAUAAUUUAACUUUACAACAUCUCUGAGUUCGAUUGAUGAAAAUUAUGAUUGCCAUCUUCCUGAAUGGGAUUUGAGACCCAGAAAGGCUGCCUUUUUAUGAUCCACAUACCAUGUAGCUUUGGCUGGAAAUAACAAAUAGAAAGGCAGAGAAAGAACUAUGUAUAGACAUCAUGUCUCGGAACGGUCUUUCUUUACUGUGAGUGGUAUAGCACAAGAGAGUUAUUUUGAGUAUCACUAGGGAGAAUUUUACUGAAUGUCGUAAGUUCACAGUCAGCCUUUUUGGCAGAAGAACUUUCAAAUUUUCGUAAAGCAGAAGUGCUUUUGGAUAUUUACACAGCCAAUGGGGAGAUUAGAUGAAAAUACCAUGAUAUGAAAAUAGUUUAUAUUUAUUUGAAAUUUCGGCCAAGCAUGGUGGCUCACACCUGUAAUCCCAGCACUUUGGGAGGUUGAGAUGGGUGGAUCACCUGAGGUCAGAAGUUCGAGACCAGCCUGGCCAAUAUGGUGAAACCCCAUCCCCACUAAAAAGUACAAAAAUUAUUCAGGCAUGGUGGUGCAUGCCUGUAAUCCCAGCUACUCGGGAGACUGAGGCAGGAGAAUCUCUGGAACCUGGGAGGCAGAGGUUGCAAUGAGCCGAGAUUGUGCCACUGCAAUCCAGCCCUGGGUGACAGAGCCAGACUCUGUCUCCAAUCAAAUAAUAUUUAUUUGAAAUUUCUUCUCAGUUAGAGAGUAACUAGGAGAAAACAUUUGCACUGCUAUUUGGAAAGGUUAGAGACUGAACUGUGCGCAGUCCUGAAGAUGUAAAGUUGUAUUAAUGAUAUUUUAAAAAAUGGGAAUUCUUAGCAGUUAGAAUUUGAACUCUUCUAGCACUGAAUUUUAUAAAACUGAAGUAUUACUCUAUUGUUACAGUGAAUUAUCUUGUCAGAGUCAGCAUACAUUAUGAUUAAAAUGAAUUUUUUUUUUAGACAAAUUUUCGCUCUUUUUGCCAGGCUGGAGUACAAUGAAUGGCAUGAUCUCAGCUCAUUGCAACCUCCACCUCCCAGGUUCAAGUGAUUCUCCUGCCUCAGUCUUCUGAGUAGCUGGGAUUACAGGGAUGUGCCACUAUGCCUGGCUAAAUUUUUUGUAUUUUUAGUAGAGACAGAGUUUUACCAUGUUAGUCAGACUGGUCUCGAGCUCCGGACCUCAGGUAAUCACCUGCCUUGGCCUCCCAAAGUGCUGGGAUUACAGGCGUGAGCCACCGCACCCAGCCUAAAAAUGUAUUAUAUCAGACAAAACAUCUUAUUAAACAUUUAGGGCAUUUUGAUAAUCAACACUUUUUGAGACUGUAGAGAUUUGGAGUAGAAUUUUUUUUUAAUGAGGUGGCUUUUUUUUUAUUUGGAAAUGGGAAAAUGACCCAUAAAGUGAAUUAACCUAGAGUAUCCAUUUAAAAUGUUCAGACUUAUGGCUGAGCAUGGUGGCUCAUGCCUGUAAUGCCAGCAAUUUGGGAGACCAACCAGGUGGAUCACUUGAGGCCAGGAGUUCAAGACCAGCCUGGCCAACAUGGCAAAACCUUGUCUCUACUAAAAAUACAAAAAUUAGCCAGGCAUGGUGGCACACGCCUGUAAUCCCAGCUACUUGGGAGGCUGAGGCACGAGAAUUGCUUGAACCCGGGAGGCUGAAGUUGCAGUGAGCUGAGAUUGUGCCAUUUGCACUCCAGCCUGGGUGACAGAAGGACCCUGUCUCAAAAAGAUAAAUAAAAUAAAAUGUUCAGACUUAUAAACUAGACAGGCAGUCAGCAUAAUUCAUAAUAAUGCCUUGACAUAAUGCUUUUUUCUAAAGGUUCCAAAUGUCUGUGCUAACAGCCCAUUUUGAGGAGAGAAGUCUGCAGGUAUAGUUAGUGCUGCUGAGACAUUUCCACUGUGGCAUUCUGGAGUUCUCUGGCUUGCCCUUGUUGCUUUAAAGCUGGUUUCAACUUCGUAGGCUUGUGACUGAACAACACUGGCGAUUGUGAUUUCUAAUACCGCCCUCCAGAUUCAUGUCACAGGUGAAAGUCCCCUUGUGGGGAGAGCUUUCAAGUUCUUCUGGAUCUGAACCAAAAUAAGGAAAACAUCAAUAAACACAGUUACCAAAUGCUUCCAAGGGAUGUAGGAGAAAUACUAUUCACUACAGAUGGGGAGAAAUUGACAUUUAGAGGAGAACUGACAUCAAGUAUGUAAUGGAAGUGGGUAGGAUUUAAACUCAAGUACCCUAGUUCGAGUCCUUGACUCCACUCUGGUCAUGGCUAAGUCUGGCCUGUGUAGUGUCUUCUCAGUUCUAGUGGCUGUUUAGUAGCAAAGAUACCGAUAUGAAGGCAUCCACGUUGUAAAUAAGAAGCAAAUAUUUUUAUAUUUCACUCUGUGUAUAGUAUUUGAGCUAUAAAUAAGUUAAAGCAAAAGAGGGACUCCAGCUUAGUAGCAAGCAGGGAAGGAAGAAGUGAAUGCAGCUUCCUUCCGCUUACAUUUCUCAUCAAGCUAAUUAUUUCACUAAUGGUUUCUAAUUUGAUUACCGGUUUUUGCAUUUUUAUGCUUAGAACUUUCAAUGACUUCUCAGUGCCAUUAAGGUAAAAUGCAAGACAGUUCUGUGACCUGCAGUAUCAUCUUUUGCCACUCCUCCUCACUUGAUAUGUCUCAGCAAGACUGAAAGGCUCUAAGUUCUUCAGAUCUGCUCUAUCUCACUUCUCAUUUUGUUCCCCGUGUUCAAACAUUCUCCACCUCUUGUGCUUGAUGAACUCCUACUGACCUCUCAGGUCACAGCUUAAAUAUUCUUUUCUCUACCUGUAAUCCCAGCACUUUGGGAGGCCGAGGUGGGUGGAUCACGAGGUCAACAGAUCGAGACCAUCCCCUGGUCAACAUGGUGAAACCCCGUCUUUACUAAAAAUACAAAAAAUUAUAUGGGCAUGGUGGCGCGUGCCUGUAAUCCCAGCUACUCAGGAGGCUGAGGCAGGAGAAUUGCUUGAAACCAGGAGGCGGAGGUUGCAAUGAGCCGAGAUCACGCCAUUGCACUCCAGCCUGGGUAACAAGAACGAAACUCCAUCUCAAAAAGAAAAAAAAAUAUAUUCUUUCCUCUAAAUCCCUGGACUACAUACAUAGGUCUAGGUUCCUGUUAAAUGCUCCCAUGGCACAUUGGGCUUCCUUAUCAACAUAUCAUACUUUUCUAGAAUUGUUGGCUUGUCCUCCUUGUUAUCUCCCUAAUGCAGACACAUUACUCAUCAUUGUAGCAGAUGUUUCUUCAUAGCAUGUACUCAGUGAACAUUUGUAGAAUUAAUACAUAUGAGAAACUAUACUUUUAUGGCAAGUUUGUUUGUUUCAGAAGGCUUGCAUUUCAUCUAUAUUACAAGACUGGCCAAAGUUUUUAUAUUCUUCCUCCUGUGCUCAAACCAUAAAUAAUUAAGUUAGCAACCACUGAACUUUGUUUUUUGAAACAUAAAUAGAAACGUCCUUAGUAACAGUACUAACAAUAAUCAAUGUUCAGAAAUAAGAAUUCACACCAGUGAUACAGAAUGGCCUUUGACCAUUAUCUUCUAUUUUAUGUCUGCAUUCCCAUUUUCUAAUAUACUACUUGUCACAGAGGACAUGCCCAACCAGUGUUCUUUGUAAAGUACCUAAGUAAUAAUAAUGCUAGUGAAACGUAUUUAGUGCUGUUCUAAGCACUUUACACGAAUUAACACAUUUAAUCCUCAGCGCAACCAUAGAAAGUAGAUUCUAUUAUUUAUCCAACUUUACAGAUGAAAAAACUGAGGCUGGUCAUUUGACAUAAAUUGCCAGUGCUGGCCAGGACUUUAGAGACCAUUUAAUCCAAUGCUUUUAUUUUACAGGGGUGCAGCUGAAGCCUAGGGAGGUGAUAUGAUUUCCUAUACAUUCAUGCACCUUCAUGCACAUCCAUUAAAACUUUUACUGAAUGGAACCCACUAUCCGCACUCCAAUUAGCUAGGUGCCUUUUUCCCCCUGUUUAGUAAUUUACAAUUAAUUAGAGGACUUUUUAUAGUUAUAUUUGGGGGAGAGGAGCAUGUUUUACUUUAUGUUAACUUUCUUCUCUGCUUAAAAGCAUUUCGAUUAUUUUACCAGUUAGCUUAGUUCUUUUAAUAGGUUUAAUACACAGAUCAAAAAAGACUUAAAUAUAUUUUUAAGAAUUUAACAAUUUAAAAGUAAAUUGCCUAAAACCUAGAUCUUCUAACUUGGAGCCCAGUGCUUUUUUAUUGCUCCGCUGUAGUCAAAAGUGAAUUUAUAAACAUGAUUUCAGAUAAAAUGCAGAAGCUGUAUUUAAUUAAGUUGGCUUUUGUCAUUAAAGAUACCAGAAAGUUUGGACAAUUCAGGAAUGGAUUUCCAUCCUAGAUGGUAUUUACCACUAUUUCUGGAAUUAAGUUUACUGUCUGUAUUCAGGAUUUUGUGCAUAAGAGACGUGAUCACUGAAGUUGUAUGUCAUUCUUCGCUCUAGUCCAGGGGUCAGCAAACUUUCUCUGUUAAGGGCCAGAUAGUAGUUUUUUGGCUUUUCAGUCUCUGUUUGGCUCUGCUAUAGACAAUACAUAAAUGAAUGAGCAUGGCUGUAUUCCAAUAAACCUUAAUUGACACUGAACUUUGAAUUUCAUAUACUUUUCAAAUGUCACAAGUAUUUUCCUUUUGAUUUUUUUCAAAAAGCCAUUGAAAAAUCCAAAGACCACUCUUAGCUUGCAUGCUGCAUAAAAACAGGAAGCAGGCUGGGUUUGCUUAUGGACUGUGGUUUCCCACCCUUGUUCUUGGAUAGGGACACACCAGUAUAUCAAGAUUUGUUAUAAAGGAUACUGCCCGCAAUGUAUUACUGGUUAGUUGUAAGAAUACCAAAGUUAGUGAAUAAUUUGUUUUUAAAAUAAAUUAUUGUUGAUUUAUUUUUAUAAAUAAAUGGCAUAGGGCAUUCUCAUGCUCCUGCAUUCUAAUAUAUUUUCUGGAAUGGAUGCAAAAGUGGUGGCAGUAAAGUACUGAGCUGGCUAAGCAGCACUUUUGUCCUACUUCAGUGUGCUGAUCGUGGACAUUUACUACUGAACUGCUCUUCCCAGUAAGGAUUUCAGUGUUUCAGAGUAAUGCAUUAAUCUAUAGAUAUUUUAAAAGUCGUAUCAAAAUCUCCUGCACCAUGGGAGUGUUUAACACAUGUGAUGUGGCAUCUACCUUAUGUACCAUAAUGGAAAAAUGUUUGAGAACCGCGGCACUAGGCCAAAGGCUGGGAUGUGUCUACUUUGCUGUGGUGUAUGUCCUUGUUCUCUAAACAAAAUUGGUUAUGUUUAGCAAACAGUUAGAUGGUUCUCCUUUUGUUUAUAUACACAGAUAAUCCAUGACUUUGGAUGGGUCAACUUAAGAGUUUUCAAAUUUAUGAUGAUAUGAAAGUGAUAUACAUUUGGUAUACUCCCACAACUUACAAUGGGGUUAUGUCCCAUAAGUGUUUUGACUUGUGAUAUUUUCAACUUACAAUUGAUGGUUUUACUGAGACAUAACCCUAUUGUGAACUGAGGAGCAUCUGUAUAUUUGUACAUACAUGAUGGUGUGUGUUUAUACAUAAAUGCCUGUAUAUACACACCAUGAGCAUUUGAAGGUCUUUGCCAAGGUUGUUUCUGUUUCUGAUCUCUUGCCUACUUUAAAACCCAAGAGAUAAAACGUUAUGCAUAUUACAGGCAAAACUAUGCUUGAGUAUAUAGUAAUGUAGUUUGUAGAAAGUAUUCCUGGAUCUUUUACUAAGGCUUAUCUCCUCCAUUCAACAAUAUAUGAAUUGUUAAGAAUAUAUAAAGUACCACUGUUGAAUGUAACUUUUCUAUGCUGUUAGUUAAGAAACCAAGACUAGUAUUAGCUGAGUAACUGGCAUGUUGAUGCAACCUAUACAGGUUUUGUAUUUAAUUAGGUUCCUUAUUCACUUAUUCAGUUAUCCAGUUAUUUAAUUUCAAGUUAGACUUCUUUGUUUUUAUAUUUAAUAAAAGACUUGCAUAUAAGUUCCUCUUCAUAAAAAUAGUGGCCGUGCUAUUGUGAUUUUAAGUAUGUCUGAUAACUCAAAAUUCAAUGGAAUCAUCAAGCUAUUUGGGAUUUUUAACAUAAACUAUACUGCUGCUUGAUUAAUGUGUUCAGUUUUCCCCUGGAUAUUUGCUAUUAGGCUGAUAGCCAUUCAGUUGGAUUCUUCUGGAGAGUGAUCGAUUCUCUAAGGUAAUGGGAUGCUGCAGUGGGUGUGACAUUCACCCAGGUCAUGAGAGUCCUACCUGUUUCAGCACAUAGAAGGCCCUGGCCACGUGGAAGAGUGAAUGCAGCUUCUCCGGAUGCCUUAUUCCCACAGACAUGCUGAUACGCUGGAACAAUCUGACUCCAGGAGUAUUAAUAUACUUUUUUGAGACUGCCUACAAAAUACUAUUUUGUAAAAACUAUGCCUUUACAUAGACAUUGAUAGGGUAUAUUUGUUUUAUAACAAUUGUGUACCUAAUGUUUGAUUGUGAUUGAUUUUGAGAUUUAUGUAUAUUUAUAAGCCUGUCUUAUGUAAAUUUUUACUCUAAGAUGUGUGCCACAUUACUAACGAAGACAUGGGUUUUUAUUUAUGUAAAGGUAUUGUAGCAAUAUUCCUAGAUGCUACCUAAAUGAUUGUUCUGUCCAUUUGCUAUCAUAAAUGCUUUUAUCUUUGGAUGAUUAUGUUAGUCAGAAUAUAUUAAUUAGAUUUAAACUUUCAAGUAAGAAUUCUCAACAUAGUUUGAAAUUCUUCCUAUUGAUGUAAUUAAAGUUAGUUUAUAAUUCCUUA